UCAGGGUUCACCAACAGGAGUCUCGGUGCCCUGAGAAGGGGGCGGGAUCAGGUGCCUUGACCCAGAGAAUGCCAACUUUGGUCUUAUCAGAGCGCACUACUUCUUGGAUUGACGCGGUUUGACGCCAUCACCACCAGCUGGAGUAAAGCUGGGCGCUUUUCUGGCAGCCACUCCGCAUCUCGUUAGCUCAGCGAGUGGUUCAGAGGCAGCCGCGGCCACAAACAGCAUAGCGAGUGGCUCCUCCGCGUCGAGGAUUGAACAGCGGGGCGGGGGUCGAGGAGCGCUACCUACCCCAUGAGACAGCGGGGACCCUGCGCCCAGGCUCCCUCGAGGGCCCGGGCAGGGCGCGCACCAGGACCCAGGCGGGCGCGGGGAGCCAGGCCUGGGCUCCGAGUCUCCCAGACUUUCUUCGUCGUAGUCGUCGUCGUCGGGGUCUUGCUGCGGGCUGUACCUGCCUCAGCUGAAACCAUCAUAGGUGAUGAUCAAUCACCUGCCUCACAGCAAUUGAAACAUAGCCCUCUGGGAGACGUGUGUCCACCAGAUUCUUAUCGAUCAGAACACAGUGGAGAUUGUAGUGAGUACGUAGCUGGUGGAGGCUACACCAAUGACACCAACAACUUGCCUUCUUGCUGCCGCCCAUGCAGAGUUUGUAAAUCAGAUGAAGUAGAGCGAAGUCCCUGCAACAGGACCAGGAACACAGUGUGUGAGUGCAACCCAGGCACCUUCCGGGAAGCGAAUUCCCCCGAGAUGUGUCGGAAAUGCAGCACACGGUGCCCCAGUGGGAUGGUUCCAGUCAGUAAGUGUACGCCAGAGAGUGACAUCAGAUGUGAAUUAAAAUCAGGUACAAAGCUCACUGGGGAAGCCCCAGCUGCGGAGGAGACAGUGACCACCGGCCUGGGGACUCCUGUCUUUUCCUGUCUUUUCUCAGGCAAUGGAGUUGUGUGGGUGAUUUUACCUAUAUUUGCUGUGAUUCUGGUUGUGGCCAUACUGAUUAUCUGGUGGAUCCGCUCAGGUCGUGGAAGAGGCUUCAAGUGCAUGGACAGCAUCUGUUCCUUCGGCUGGUGUCCUCUACGAGGGCCUGAGGCUAAGGACAAUGACCACAACGAGAUUCUGAGCAAUGCAGACUCACUGUCCACUUUCGCUUCUGAGGAGCCAAUGGAAAGCCAGGAGCCGGCAGAUUUGACAGAUGUCAUUGUACAGACCCCCGAGGAGGCACAGUCUCUGCUGAGACCGGCAGAAGAUAAAGGGUCUCAGAGGACAAGGAUGCUGGUUCUACCAAAUGGUGCUGACCCUACUGAGACUCUGAGGCAGUGCUUCCACCACUUUACAGACAACGUGCCCUUUAACUCCUGGGAUCAGCUCAUGAGGGAGCUGGACCUCACGGAAAAUGAGAUCUGCGUGGCCAGAGCUGAGGCAGCAGGCCCAAGGGAUGCCUUGUAUGUAAUGCUGACGAAAUGGGUCAACAAAACUGGACGGAACGCCUCUAUCCACACCCUGCUGAAUGCCUUGGGGAUGCUGGGAGAGAGACAUGCAAAGGAGAGGAUUGAGGACCUCCUCGUGAACUCUGGAAAGUUCAUCUACCAGGAAGAUGGCACAGGUGCUGCCCAUGUCUCUGAAAAAGUCUCGUUUUACUAGAGGCUUCCUCUUAGGUGUUAAUACUUUUUAGGUUAUUUAAACGUUUAUUUAAAAUAAAUACUUAGCUGGGCGCAGUGGCUCACACGUGUAAUCCCAGCACUUUGGGAGGCUGAGGGAGGUGGAUCACUUUAGGUCAGGAAUUCAAGACCAGCCUGGACAACAUGGUGAAACCCCC